AUGUCUAAACACUUCUGGGAGCGCUUGCGAAGUGCCAAUUCUUCUAUAAGCACAAACACCACAAUCCCGCUUACCUUUGCGUCCUCUCUCGGUCAAAAUGGCGUCCGGAGCUCGACAAGUGAUGCCGAUUUUGAAAAAUCUCUCCAUCUCAGUGUUGCACUGGCUGGGAUGGUCGUUCGUUUGAUAAUCCAGGUCCACAUCAAAAAGAACGGUUAUGCACUGAGCUGGCGGUGGCUUCAUUCAUCGGAUUUUAUGGUUUGGGUCGCGAUGGGUGUUGUUAUGGUAUUCUGGACCACAUUUGAGUUUUUAUCGGCCUGGCUUUUCGAAGAUACCGUGCAUGCUUGCAUUCGCCGUUGUAAAGAUCCUUGUCCUGAAAAAACAGCGGCUAAUUCUUGCAUUGAAGCUUGCGCUAAUCCAUGUCCUCGCAAACGACGAGUGUUGCCAUACUUUGCGCGCCUAGUUUUCGUGCCCUGGUUCUUGAUCGCUGCAUUUACAUGGUGGGCCCUGAGUUACCUACUCUACCAUUUCUUUUUCUCAUCCAGCUGGAGAGACGAUAGAAGACCCUUAUCUUCACUCGAUCCGGGCUAUAAAGUAUACUCAUACCUGUUUGCCCUGAAUCCAAGGUCGUACUCACCUACCCGAGGGGAAGCUCGAAUUUCGAUUCAAGCUCUUCGCCUACUUACAAUAGCAGUCAAUUUUAUGAUUAUCUUCACAGCCAUCGGUGCUUUCAUUGACGAAUUGUACACAGCUUCGGCGACGCAGAUUGCCGCACUGAUAGUAUCUUUCCAUGCGGGGCCGCGUCAUUACUUCGAUGCAGAAAAGCCUCACAAGUCCAGACUCGAUGAUAUACGGAUACCACUAUCUGGACACAUUGACCAGUGUUUGAUUUACAUCCUACAUUCAAGAUGUUCAAACUUCGAUGUAAAACAUUUGGUGAGACUCGAAAGUGAACACAACGCCGUCGAUACCUACCGCUUAAAAAUGGAGGAAUUGGAAGUUGACACAUCCAAGUUCAAUCUGAAAGAAUGA